AUGUCCUCCCUGCGCCGCCGUCUCUCAGGAACCGCCAAAUCCGCGCCCACCGAAGACUCCCCCGCCAAAGCCGAACAGGUACGCCUCGCGCCUGAGUCAAAAAUCAUAGACUCCCAGCACCCGAAAAGUCUCAAGCGGCGCAAUGGCCUGAUAUUCUUUCUCGGUGGACUCUUUGGGAUCGUCGUCGCCGGCUUCUUUGCCGGACAAUCCGAUCUAAUUGAUUUCCCGGAGCUAGGAGACCUAAGCAUGGACAGCUUGAUGGAUGUUUUGCCUGCCAGCUUUGUGCGGGAUGCUCGAGACUUGGUACAGGGAGAACGGGAUGCUGUGAACUAUGAUUCUUUUGCAGUGGGGUUGAACUUGGUCGCGCAGGGAUUCAAGGCCGAGCAUCCGGUCAUCAUGAUUCCGGGAGUGAUAUCUACGGGAUUGGAGAGUUGGGGAACGACGAACAGCUCGCGGCAGUAUUUUAGGAAACGGUUGUGGGGAAGUUGGAGUAUGAUGAGGGCGCUGGUGCUGGAUAAGGAGAGUUGGAAGAACCAUAUCAUGCUGGACAAGAAGACCGGGCUGGAUCCGGAAGGUGGUAUCAAAUUGAGAGCUGCGCAGGGUUUUGAUGCUGCGGAUUUCUUCAUUACUGGUUAUUGGAUAUGGAGUAAGAUUCUGGAAAAUUUAGCCACGAUUGGAUAUGACCCAACAAAUAGCUUCACAGCAGCUUAUGACUGGAGACUAUCCUAUGCGAAUCUCGAAGUCAGAGAUCAGUAUUUCACGAGGCUAAAGAUAUAUAUCGAGAUGGCAUGCAAGGUCUCGGGGGAAAAAGCGGUCCUUAUUUCACAUUCUAUGGGUGGUCAGGUGCUGUUCUAUUUCUUCCAUUGGGUCGCAUCCGCAGAUGGAGGCGCUGGGGGUGAUGAUUGGGUUGACAAGCAUGUUGAUUCUUGGAUCAAUAUCAGUGGAUGUUUGCUGGGUGCGCUGAAAGGUCUCCCAGCUGUCCUUUCGGGGGAGAUGAAAGACACAGCUCAACUGAACGCCUUCGCUAUUUAUGGACUGGAGAAAUUUCUCGGUCGAGAAGAACGAGCCGAUAUCUUCAGAGCCAUGCCAGGAAUCAGUUCGAUGCUUCCGAUUGGAGGAAACACCGUAUGGGGAAAUCACACAUGGGCACCUGACGAUCUCCCAGGGCAGAAAGUCAGUUUCGGGCCAAUAUUGAAUUUCAGAAAUGUAAAUGGUUCAAGGUAUCAGAAUCUGACGGUGGAUGACAGUCUUGAGUAUCUUAUGAAUAACAGUGAGCCGUGGUACCAGGACAUGGUGAAAGGUAGCUAUUCCCACGGUAUUGCGCACACCACUGGAGAAGUGGAGGCGAAUGAGAAGGAUCCGAGAAAAUGGAUUAACCCUCUGGAGACGCGUCUGCCUCUUGCCCCAAAUUUGAAAAUCUAUUGUUUUUACGGAAUCGGCAAGCCGACCGAACGUUCCUACUUCUACCGCCAACCCGAAACACCUUUGUUGUCCCUCAACAUAACCAUCGACACUACGCUAACGCAAGAUAAUAUUGACCACGGCGUUAUUAUGGGCGAAGGCGAUGGGACCGUCAAUUUACUUUCCAAUGGCUACAUGUGCAACCAGGGUUGGAACAUGCACCGCUACAACCCCGCCGGAGUAAAAGUCAAGGUCUACGAAAUGCCACAUGAGCCUGAUCGUUUCAGCCCUCGUGGUGGGCCAAAAACUGGAGACCAUGUAGAUAUUCUCGGUCGCCAGAGCUUGAACGAUUUGAUCCUGAGGGUCGCAGCGGGGAAGGGCGAUGAGAUAGGAGAGAAUGUCGUCAGUGAUAUCAAGACGUACGCGGAUAGGAUAGAUAUCAGGGAAGAGCCGGAGUAUCUGUGA